AUGAAAAACGAAAUUGCUGCUCAUUCGUCUUCAACAGCGCACGACGAAGAGCGAUUGAGAAGCCUUAAUGAGAAUAUCAUUAUGAUACUUCCAUCUGAUUCCUCUCAUACCAAUUCCACCACCACCACCGUCAUCAUCAACACUGCAACAACUUUAUCGGAUGUAGAACAUGAUCCUAACAACAAUCGACGGCAUGUGGUAACAUUGGGUACCUCCUCCAAUGAGAGGCUAAACGCAUCGACAGCAACAACUACUGCCUCUAUCCUACAAUCUCCUUCCAUAAAUUCAUCUCCCCUCCUUAAAUAUCAAAAGGCUAGCGGUUCUUCGACACAUCCAUCAACGUUUAUGGAUUCACUUAUUGAUCAAAAUUAUGGUACCCAUGAUGGUUCAAUAAGUACUAGUUGUGGAUCCAUCAGUGAUCAAGAAGAUGAAUUAAUUGCAACCACCACAACUACUUUUGAAUCAGAAGAUGAAAUGAUUGAAUUUGUAUCUCUUCCAAAAUUACCUUCUUCCUCUGAAAUCGUACUCGAUAGGAGCGUUGAGAAAAAGAUGGUGCAAGAUCCAACAAGGAUUCAAGAUGAUCCAAGUUGUUCUCAGCCAUUGAAGAAACCAUCUCCAAGACCAACUUCAACAUGGAUGAUUUCUAAACAUCUUUCAUUCACUUCGACGCAACAAGAAAUUAGGUUAAACACUUCUUCCCUUGAUCAUUCCAAUGCAACACCAACCCCAACUCUUGAAAUGAGAGAAAAUUCUCAAACAAAUUCCAGUAGUAGCGAUCGAGAGAUUCCGACAAUCAUCACAGAUCAAGCCUCACAUUCUUCAUCCAGUUUAUCACUUCAAAGAACUUGUUCUUUAAUUCAACAUCCUCAUUCAAGUUUAUCAACGUAUUCCAGAAGUACGAAUAGCAUUCAAAGUGCAAGUAAGAUUAAUAUUCAUACCCUUAGUGAUGGCAACAUUUUACAUGGAAAGAUUGCUCCAAAGAAGGGAAAAGUACUACCAGAAAAUGAAGAAGUUGAAUCCAUUAAUUCAGGGGAUACUCCCAAACCAGCAAGAAUCUUUCAUCAGUCAACCAAGUUUUAUCGAGUGAGCAGCUUUUCCUCUGUUGGAACUGAUUCAACAACGGCCUCACAAAAAUUACGAUCAAAAACAUCAUCUUUUAAUUCCAACCAAUAUGUCAACUUGCAGAAGAAAGGGAAACCAAUUUUAAAGAAAUCGAAAUCUUCUUCAGAAGCGUGUUAUUAUAUACCACAACCAUUGAUUAGUGAUGAGACAGCAACAGAAAGGAAGAUUUAUUUCAAUGAGCAAGUUCAAAUAAGGGAAUUUAGAACACUUUAUGAGGGUGGUUCUCGAAGAAUGUACAGAUUUUCAUAUUGGACAAGGAACGUUGCGGCGCAUGUGAUCUUGCUGUCUAUUUUCACAAUUUUAUGUUUUACUUUUUUAACACUAUUUAUAUUUGGAAAUUCGUUUCGAAUUACCUGUGACACUGAUUACAUGAAAUAUUUUCUUUUGUCAGAUUUAGUGAAUUGUUUGAGCUUUAUGAUAUUCUUUAUAUUUUUAAUUAUUUUUCAAUGUCGAGAGGGAAAGAGGAGGAGAAAAUCAAAGCGACCGAAUUCAAGCCAUCCACAAAAAGCAAAGUCUAAAAAGAAGCCAGUUGUUAAAAAAGAUCGAAAGUUCGUUCAUCAAGACAGUUUUAGCCUGUAUAGAAAUUUAUUUGGUACCUCCAUUUCAUUGGAACCUCUGAAAGAUGAAGAAAGCGUGACAUCCACAGAUCCAUCCUCAACAACUCGUUCUUCGAAAUUUAAACUGAGUCCUCAAGCACAAACGAUUAUUGGUAUUGUGACGUGGAUUUUACUGCACUUGUGGGGGUUAUUAUCCCUUGUUUCUAUUAUUGAUGCAGGUAAUUGCCCCACAGGUCUCGGCUUGGUGUAUUACGUUCCUAAUACCCUUCACUUUACUGUGGUGUUAUUAUUGAGCUUGGCUGAAUUGACGAUUUUCCUCAUAUCUAUUCUUCGAUAA